CAGCAAGCUCCAGUGCGUUGUUUUCAAACCAGUACUAGGCCUACAUCGCGAUGGCUCCCGAAGCCGAGGAUGUGUCACAUACCUCUCCAGUGGAGGAAUCAGACCCCGACGCGCUACUUUCACCACCUCCUGAUGCUAAUCCGGAGCCCGGAAUCAAUGGUAAACCUGUUCGCUGGUAUGAUGCGGAUAGAACAGAGUCGUACACGCGGAUCGCGCCUUUCCAAGAGUGGCACGAUACUUCUGUAGAGUUCUUCUACAAGCCAAUCACGCUAACUGCACUCGGCGUUGGCAUGGCUGCACUGAGCUAUGUGGCCAUGACCCAGGACGUCCUAGAAGAAGGUGGGGACAAGCGGCGUGUGGGCGCUUAUGCUGCAGUAGUCUCAUUCCUCCUGUUCUCGAUGAUCCAAUUCCGGGACGGUCCAUUCAUUCGUCCCCAUCCUGCGUUUUGGCGUGCAAUACUUGGAAUUAAUUUGCUUUACGAGCUUGCGCUCGUAUUCCUGCUAUUCCAAGAUCUGAACUCUGCGCGACAAAUGAUGACGCUUUUGGAUCCUUCGUUGAACCGGCUUUUACCUGAGAAGAGCUAUGCGGAAAACUGCGAAUUGACGCCGCAGAACAUAUGGGAUGCGAUUGAUAUAUUUUGUCUAGCACAUGCUCUGGGCUGGUUUGGCAAGGCCAUGAUAUUGCGCGACUACUGGUUUUGUUGGAUACUGAGCAUUGCAUUCGAGUUUGCAGAGUAUAGCCUGCAGCAUCAACUUGCGAACUUUGCUGAGUGCUGGUGGGACCAUUGGAUACUUGAUGUUCUAGUCUGCAACUGGCUAGGGACUUAUCUGGGCAUGAAGACUUGCCAGUAUUUGGAAGUGAAGCCUUACGAAUGGCGCGGACUACGGCAAACCAGGGGACUGCGAUCAAAGGCUCGCCGCGUGCUUAGCCAGUUCUCCCCACACGACUGGACGGCAUUCAAAUGGGAGGGGACUACGUCAUUCUUGCACUAUCUGAUCGUCGUAUUGCUUCUUGCAGUCUUUCUUGCUGCGGAGUUGAAUCCAUUCUAUCUCAAGAGUCUCCUUUGGAUGGAACCCGAUCAUCCGAUCGUGAUCCUACGGCUUGCAGGCGUCUUUCUCUGCGCAUUGCCUGCUGUGCGAGAGCUUUACCAAUACAUAAAUAACCCGAGAAAAGCGAAACGGAUGGGGCAACAUGUCUGGCUCCUUCUAGCCACGAUCCUGACCGAGCUUCUGGUCAUCACUAAAUGGAGCAAGGGUCAGUUCACGGAACCGCUUCCAUUAUAUGUUCGGUGGGCGUGGAUGAUCGGGGGAAUAUUGCUGGUGUUAUAUCCGGCGAUCAGGUUCGGCGUGCCGAGCGUGCUCAAGUACGUCAAAAAGCAGAAGCAGAAGCGGAAGGGGAAAGGAAAGGGGAAGAAGGCGCAAUGAGACAUUAUAUGAUAUCCCUUAUAUACUUAUUGUAGGUACUUAUUGUGCAUGAAUGAAGUUUGCCCUCUUAAAU